UCCUUCAUGGUAUCAGCUUAGUUACUCCGAUCUGUUUUUUCCGCUGCACUCUUUUCCUCCUCUCCUCGUCCCUCAUGGCCUCCUCUGAUGGAUCCUCCUCUCCUGGCGGAUCUUCGUCCUCCUCGGAUCUUGACAUCCCUCCAGUCGUCACCAACCCUGCUCCGGCCUCCCAGGUUCAACUGAUCAACAUCAAAACCCACGUUCCCAUGGUACUCGAUUUUGAUGAGGCCAACUACGGUCCAUGGCGUCUCUGCUUCCUCGCCGUCUUCGCCAAGUUUGGACUGCUCGACCACGUCAACAGCUCCGACGCCGAGGGCACCUCCGACUGGGUCCAGAACGACUACUCCAUCGUCUCCUGGCUGUACUGCACCAUCUCCAACGACAUCCUUCGCACCGUGCAGACCAGCCGGGACACGGCGUACUCUCUCUGGUGUGCCAUCCACGGCCUCUUCCGCAACAACAAGGCGACACGAUCAGUCUACGUCGGCGCCGACUUCCACAACGUCUACCAAGGCGACAUGUCCGUGAUGGCCUACUGCUCCAAGGUGAAGCAGCUCACAGAUCAACUCCGCGAUCUCGGCUCGCCUGUGUCGAACCAGGAACUCGUCAUCACCUUGCUGCGUGGUCUCAAUGAACGGCUCCACAAUGUGAUUCCCAGUAUCACCAGUCACAAAAGGCUGCCGUCAUUCCUGAAGGUGCGAUCUCAACGUCGCCUUGAAGAAAAUCGCGUCGACACCGCGGCCAAGCGGGCUCAGGCCGCCGCCUUCUUCGCCCACAUGCACGGCUCCAGUGGCGCUGCAUCCGCCACGUCCGGUGCAUCCGUCGCGUCCGGUGCGCCGCUCGCCCUCGCUGCCCAGCCCAGCGUCGCCGCCUCUCCAACAUCUGCUGGUGGCGCGGGCGGCUCCGGCAAGAAGCAGAGGUACAAGACGAAGAACUCCGGGGGCGGCUCCUCCUCCAACAAUGGCCGUCCCGGGAACGCCUCCACCGUCCAACCACAGUGGCCGCAAGUCAACCCGUGGUCUGGAACAUUCCAUGCUUGGCCUACCAUGGCGCGUCCACCGCUCCCGCCUCCAGGCACUGGAGUCCUGGGGCCACGUCCCGGCGUUCCAUUGGCACAAGCCUACUACAGCGUUGCGCCCAUGCAGCAGCCACAGGCUCCCUCUUGGGAUCAAGCUGCACUGAUCGCUGCUCUCAACAACAUGGCGCUCCAGACCUCCCCCGCUGGCGACUGGGUCAUGGACACUGGUGCAUCAACGCACAUGUCCAACCACGGAUCUGCGCACCAAGAUGGAAAUUCUCCGAUGUAACAGUGAUGGGGAUCUUUACCCUCUCACUGCUCCGGCUGCACAGGCCCUCUUCACUCAAGCUGCUGCUCGUUGGCAUCGUCGAUUGGGCCACCCCAGCAAUAAAAACUUAUCUCAGCUUCUUACAUCAUU